AUGUUUUACUCGCACUUUUCGUUGUCCAAGAAAGGGCCGCUCGCCCGUAUCUGGUUGGCGGCACAUUGGGACAAGAAAUUGACCAAGGCCCAAGUGUUUGAAACCAACAUCGAGACGUCCGUGGACGGAAUAUUGCAGCCAAAGGUGAAAAUGGCUUUACGGACGUCUGGACAUCUUUUGUUGGGUGUAGUCCGAAUUUAUUCACGUAAAGCCAAAUACCUGUUGGCUGAUUGUAAUGAAGCGUUUGUCAAGAUUAAAAUGGCUUUUCGGCCAGGCAUGGUCGACUUGCCCGAGGACAAUCAUAUAGCAGCAACUAAUGCUAUAACACUCCCAGAAGUAUUUCAUGAUUUUGAUACCGCCAUGCCAGACCUGAACGAUGUUGAUAUUGAAGCACAGUUCAGUCUUAAUCAGUCUAGAGCUGAGGAGAUAACUUUGCAUGAAGAUUACAAUAUGGUUUCUAAAAACUCUGGUUUCGAUCAAGGAUUUGGAUUCUCUGAAGUUGAGAAUUCCGAUAUACUUCGUCAUGGAAUUGAACAUUCCUUGUUGUUCAGUGAAGGUGUCGACCAUUUGAUGAACCGCGAUAAAGAACCUAUAGCUUCAACUUCUUCUGGAUCUGGAAUUUUAAGCCAAAACAGUUUAGGAAUGGAUGCUCCGAUUAGAGAUGAUGGAUUUGGAGGUAACAUCGGUCAAGUUAUCACCGAUAACUUUUUUCAAGCCGGAGGUUUAUUUGAUGAUGUACCUUCUGCUCCUAUGGAAGUUGCCGAUGGUCAAGGUCCUCCCAGUCCUCCCCCAUUUAAUACACCUAACCGAAAUGAUGAUGAUGAUGAUGAUCAUCACUUUAUGCCUCCUAGUCCUGGUAGACAAAGCUCAGAUGGUUCAAGACCAGCAUCGCCUGUUAAUUUACCAUUCCCUAAUGCUGGUGCAUUAGGUCUUAUACCAUCUCCAACUCGAGAUCAAACGUUGAUGCCCCCGCCAGAUAUUGAUAUGCAUGACAUGCACGAUAUGCAUGAUAUACAUGAUAUUCAAGCAUCUGAAGAACCUGAGCCAUUAAAUGAACAGAAUGCUUCUGUAGAUCAAACUACUUUGGUACAAAAUGAAGAAGAAAGUUUUGCUUUAGCUCCAAUUGAUGCUAGUGCUUUGAGGGGAUUACCAAAGACUAAAAGGAAGCGAAAACUUAUUGUGGACGAAGUGAAAAAUAUUUCCGGUGAAGAAAUGAAAGCUCAGUUGAGUGAUACAACAGAUAUUGUAAUUACAUUAGAUUUAGCACCACCUACUAAAAGACUAAUGCACUGGAAAGAAACAGGUGGUGUUGAAAAACUAUUUGCUCUUCCUGGAAAAAAUAUACCAGCAAUACCGUUAGCUAGAAAUUACCAAAGACAUUUAACAGCAAAAACGUUAACCAAUGAUGAAUUAGAGGGCGAAGGUGGUGUUGAAGGAGAUGAAGAAAAUGUAUUACCUGCAAUAGCUGGUCCAGUACCUGGACGUCGUGGUCGUAAAAGAAAAAUACCUAUAGAUGAAGAAAAUCUAAAACCCGCUAAAAAAGAUGUUUUGCCACCAAUACCGGAAGUAACACCCCAAGUUGAAUCAAUGGAAGUGGAAAUUCCCGCACCAUUGUCUGUGGCUCCUCCUACACCAGCUAUUCCUGAAGAAACGGAACAUAUUGAAAUAAAUCAACAACAGCCACCAGUUGAUGAACCUCAACAACCAUUUAUAACAUCACCAUUAAAUGAUAGUGGUCAAAUGUUACCCCCUGGAACACCCGCACAUAAGUCAGUUGAUCCAGUUAAUAAUGAAGAUCAGCUUAUAAAUCCAUUUGAUGAUUUACAAGCUCCGCCAUCAGUCCAUGAUACAUCUGAAGCAAAUGAUCAGCCAUUACAACCGGAAUUACAAAACAUGGGUUAUGAUAAUCACAUAAAUCAAUCCAAUGAUUUCAACCAAGUUAUUAUGGAUAAUAUGGGUUACGAUGGUCAUCACAAUGCACCUGUUACACCAGGAUUACCUUCACCAAGAGGUGGUGCAACACCUUGGCGUGACCAAGAUUAUGAUUAUCCUGCAUCUGUUGGACCUGUGGAAGAGCAACAGGCUCCACAUGAAACUAAUGAACAAUAUGAAGAACGAGUAAUGAACAAAAGGGCUAAUCAGUUGUACCAUACAAUUAAGAUGAGAUUCGCACAAAAAGACACUCUUAUUUUUGACGAUCUUACCUACAGAAACCGGAGAAAAGAGGCAGCCCAGAAGUUUUAUUCCGUUCUGGUUUUGAAAAAAUACAAAGUCUUAGAGCUAGUUCAAUCUGCCCCAUAUGAACCUAUCCAGCUAGUGAAAGGCGCAUGUUUCACCGACCCAAAGCUCUAA